AUGAUAUUCCACUCAUUUAUUGUUGUGUUAUUGUGCACAUCCUUAGUCAAUGGUUUGAAUUUCUUCGGUAAGAAAGAUAAUAAGUUAUCAAAAAAUGAAGAAUUUCAACAAUCUAUAUCGAAAAAUUUAGAAACUAUAACAGAAUUAAUCGAAGUUUUUAAUACAGCUUUGGAAAAAAGAGAUACAACCACCAACUCAACUGUAAGUGGAGGCUCCACCACCUCAAGUAUGAGAGAUGAUGACGAAGAUGAAGAUGAAGAUGAUGAAGAUGAUGAUGAUGAAGAUAGUUCAUCAAGUGAUUUAUUCUUCUCAUCCGAUGAAUUUACAACUAGUUCAAGUUCUAGUUCCAGUUCAAUUUUCACUUUCAGUCCAAGUGUAGCUGUUCCAAGUUCUACUGAAGUAUUUCCAAGUUUCACUUCAAGUUCAUCCAGAAGUUCUAGUUCUUCAACUUUAAGUGCUUUCCAAGAAACUUCCACCACUGAACCACCAAGUUCAACUUCAACUUCAGAAUCGAGUUCUAGUGAUACCCCUUCAGCAGCUAAUGAAAAUGAUAGUUUAACUUCAGGAGAAACUUUAGUAACUUCUCACUCAGUUGAUAAUGGAUCUACUGUAAUUAUUACCCGUACCUCAGUCAUCGAAUCUAGCCCUACUGCCAGUUCAAGUGAUAGGGACAAUGAUGAUAAUAAUAGUGGAGGAUUAUCUGAUACCAAUAAAAUAGUUGUUGGUGUGGUCGUUGGUGUUGGUGGGGCUGUGUUACUUGGUUUAGUAGGUGUAUUCUUUUUAAUGAAAAGAAGAUCCAACAAGGAAGAAAAUGGUUGGACUUUCUGGAGAAAAAAUGAAAAAUCCGGUGGCGAUGAAUUCUUAAAUGGUGAAUUGGGGGUCAGAGAUAGAAAUAUCAAUCAAGGUUCAAAUUUUUAG